AUGUCUUCGUUCUGCUUAUGUCUUCUCAACGUUUAUUCUUUCUUUCGACCUCCCUUUCAUUCAACUUUAGAGACAUUUUUUAUCACUUGUUUCCAUAUUAUUUCAGACAAACAUUUCUUUUCUGCCAGCUUUUUCUUUUCCCUUUAUUUCUUUUCCCUUUUUUCUUUCUUUCUUUCUUUCUUUCUUUCUAUCAAAGGAACUUUUUCUUUUCUUUUUCUUUUUUCUGUGACUUUCUUUCUUUCUUUCUUUCUUUCUUUCUUUCUUUCUUUCUUUCUUUCUAUAGAGCUUUUUCUUUUCCCUUUAUUUCUUUUCCAUUUUUUCUUUCUUUCUUUCUUUCUUUCUUUCUUUCUUUCUUUCUUUCUUUCUAUCAAAGGAACUUUUUCUUUUCUUUUUCUUUUUUCUGUGACUUUCUUUCUUUCUUUCUUUCUUUCUUUCUAUAGAGCUUUUUCUUUUCCCUUUAUUUCUUUUCCCUUUUUUCUUUCUUUCUUUCUUUCUAUCAAAGGAACUUUUUCUUUUCUUUUUUUUUCUAGCAUUUUCUUUUCCCUUUAUUUCUUUUCCUUUUUUUUCAUUCUUUCUUUCUAUCAAAGGAACUUUUUCUUUUCUUUUUCUUUUUUCUGUGACUUUCUUUCUUUCUUUCUUUCUUUCUUUCUUUCUUUCUUUCUUUCUAUAGAGCUUUUUCUUUUCCCUUUAUUUCUUUUCCCUUUAUUUCUUUUCCCUUUCUUUCUUUCUUUCUUUCUUUCUUUCUUUCUUUCUUUCAAAGGAACUUUUUCUUUUCUUUUUUUCUGUUGCGUUUCUUUCUUUUCCCUUUUUGUUUUACUUGCUUUUUUCUUUCUUUUCACUUUCUUUCUUUUUUAUACUACUUUUCUUUCUUUCUCCCCUUUCUUUCUUUCCUUCCUUAUUUCUUUCUUUAGAGCUUUUCUAUCUAUUCACUUUUUUCGUUCUUUCUUUAUUUCUUUAUCCUUUCUUCCUUUCUAUCUAUCUAUCUAUCUAUAUAUUUUUUCUUUCUUUCUUUCUUUCUUUCUUUCUUUCUUUAGUGCUUUCCUUUCUUUUCACUUUCUUUCUUUCUUUCUUUCUAUCAAAGGAACUUUUUCUUUUCUUUUUCUUUUUUCUGUGACUUUCUUUCUUUCUUUCUUUCUUUCUUUCUUUCUUUCUAUAGAGCUUUUUCUUUUCCCUUUAUUUCUUUUCCCUUUAUUUCUUUUCCCUUUCUUUCUUUCUUUCUUUCAAAGGAACUUUUUCUUUUCUUUUUUUCUGUGUCUUUCCUUCUUUCUUUCUAUAGAGCUUUUUCUUUUUCCUUUCUUUCUUUCUUUCUUUCUUUCUUUUUCUUUUCACUUUCUUUCUUUCUAUAGUGCAGCUUUUCUAUCUAUUCCCUUUUUUCGUUCUUUCUUUAUUUCUUUACCCUUUCUUCAUUUCUAUCUAUCUAUCUAUCUAUCUAUCUAUCUAUCUAUCUAUCUAUCUAUAUUUUUCUUUCUUUCUUUCUUUCUUUCUUUCUUUCUUUCUUUCUAUAGUGUGUUCCUUUCUUUUCCCUUUUCUUACUUUCUUUCUUUCUUUCUUUUUAUAGAGAAAUUGCAUUCUUUCUUCUUUCUUUUUCACCUCUUGGCCCUCAACUGCUAUCCUCUACCACCUCACCUGCAAUCCUCUUCCACCUCACCUGCUAUCCUCUGCAACCUCACCUGCUCUUCUCUUCCGCCUCACCUGCUAUCCUCUCCGCCUCACCUCUUAUCCUCGGCCGCCUCACCUGCUAUCCUCUUCCGCCUCACCUUCUAUCCUCUUCUACCUCACCUGCUAUCCUCUUUCGCCUCACCUGCUAUCCUCUCCCACCUCACCUCCUAUCCUCGUCCGCCUCACCUGCUAUCCUCUCCCGCCCCACCUGUUAUCCUCUCCUGCCUCACCUUCUAUCCUCGUCCGCCUCACCUGCUACCCUCUUCUGCUGCAAUUGCUAUCCUCUUUCGCCUCACCUCCCCUGCUAUCCUUUCCGCCUUCCCUCUAUCCUCCCCCGCCUCACCUGCUAACCUCCUUUUCACUAUCCUCUUCCACCUCUAUCCUCGUCCGCCUCACCUGCUACCCUCUUCUGCUGCAAUUGCUAUCCUCUUCCGCCUCACCUGCUAUCCUCGUCCGUCUCACCUGCUACCCUCUUCUGCUGCAAUUGAUUUCCAUUUUCGCCUCACCUGCUAUCCUCUUCCGCCUCACCUGCUAUCCUCUCCGCCUCACCUCCUAUCCUCGGCAGUCUCACCUGCUAUCCUCUUCCGCCUCACCUGCUAUCCUCGUCCGCCUCACCUUCUAUCCUCUUCCGCCUCACCUGCUACCGUUUUCCGCAUCACCUGCUACCCUCUUCCGCCUCACCUGCUAUCCUCUCCCGCCUCACCUCUUAUCCUCGUCCGUCUCACCUGCUAUCAUCUUCUGCUGCAAUUGCUAUCCUCUUUAACCUCAUCUGCUUCCUCUUUCGCCUCACCUGCUAUCCUCUCCGCCUCACCUCCUAUCCUCGGCCGCCUCACCUGCUAUCAUCUUCCGCCUCACCUGCUAUCCUCGUCCGCCUCACCUGCUAUCCUCUUCCGCCUCACCUGCUAUCCUUUUCCGCCUCACAUGUCUCUCAAUCUGAUAAUAUCUAUCUAUCUAUCUAUCUAUCUAUCUAUCUAUCUAUCUAUCUAUCUAUCUCAGCUUGUUAAUUUUUAUUUCUAUCUAUCUAUCUAUCUAUCUAUCUAUCUAUCUAUCUAUCUUCCAUAUUUCUAUCUAUCCAUAUCUAUCUAUCUAUCUUAUCUAUCUAUCUAUCUAUCUAUCUAUCUUAGUCUUCUCCAUAUCUAUCUAUCUAUCUAUCUAUCUAUCUAUCUAUCUAUCUAUCUAUCUUAUCUGCUCCAUAUCUAUCUAUCUAUCUAUCUAUCUAUCUAUCUAUCUAUCUAUCUAUCUAUCUAUCUAUCUAUCUAUCUAUAUCUUAGUCUGCUCAUAUCUAUCUAUAUCUAUCUAUCUAUCUAUCUAUCUAUCUAUCUAUCUAUCUAUCUGCUCCAUCUAUCUAUCUAUCUAUCUAUCUAUCUUAGUCUAUCUAUCUAUCUUAGUCUGCUCAUAUAUCUAUCUAUCUAUCUAUCUAUCUAUCUAUCUAUCUAUCUAUCUAUCUAUCUAAGUCUCUUCUUAUGUGUCUCUCUUAGUCUCUUCACAUAUCUAUAUAUCUAUCUAUUUCAGUCUAUUCAUAUCUAUCUAUUUAUCUAUCUUAGUCUGUUUAUAUUUACCCAUCAUUCUAUAUUCUCUGUUCAUAUCUAUCUAUCUAUCUAUCUAUCUAUCUAUCUAUCUAUCUUAGCCUGUUCAUAUCUAUUUAUCUUCGUCUGUUAUCUAUCUAUCUAUCUAUCUAUCUAUCUUAGUCUCUUCAUCUAUCUAUCUAUCUAUCUAUCUAUCUAUCUAUCUGAGUCAAUUCACAUAUUUACCUAG